CCUAUAAAUACGUGGCAGCCCCAAGAAAGCACGUUGAUUGUUCAAGCCACCUCGUUCGCGAGUGUAUCGAAAAGACGCAAAGUUAUUGGACAAAUAGUGGGUGUGAUAAUGAAGUUCGCCUUUUGCUUACUUGUUUGCCUAUCCAGUAUCAUCUCUGCUUUUUGUCAGAGACUACCCGAUGGCAUUGAAGCCUGCAGACGAGAUGAUCCUCAGAGGAAUGAAUGCAUUCAGGGAACACUUCAGAAGCUUCUGCCUCUGAUGAAAAAUGGCAAUAAUUUGGGUCUUCCCACAAUUGAUCCAAUUGCCUUCGAUGGGUUACCCUUUGAGUAUAACACGGCCCAAACUAAGCUAACAUUUACACUGAAGAAGGGCACAACACAUGGGUUUGGCGAGACACAAAUUAAGAAAGUACGAACACAGAUCACAGACGACGAAUGGAGGUUCCACAUUGAUAUCUUCGUCCCACGUGUGUUUAUUGAGGCAAAAUAUCGUGGACAAGGUGCAAUCAAUGGUAUGAACUUGGGUUCAAAGGGUGACUUCAAUGUAACAGCCACCGGAUUAACAGGAACUGUGAAGAUUCGUGGGAAGAAGGAACAAAUCAAUGGGGAUGAGUUUAUAAAGGUCAAUAGCAUUGAUUUGGUACCAAAAGUAAAGACCCUCCGGACAUACAUUGAAGGCCUCGUGCCAGAUCCAGAACUUAAUAGAAUUGCCCUGGAAUUUGUCAAUGAGUACAUUUCUCAGAAUCGAAAUGAUCUACUAAAGGAGACACGACGGUUCUUUGACCCUCUUCUUACGCCUGUCGCCAAUGCCAUUACACUUCGCAUUCCCGCACGAUAUCUCCUACUCUAGUCCAGCAACAUAUGUUAUGUAUAUAGUAUACCCGCCACUACGUGGAGGAUGGAAAAUCACAUGGAUGAUGGUAGACAUAAGAGAACGCUGAGUCAUAAAAUUCCCAGCAUCCAUAUAAACGUGUGUGUGCGUCCUUUUGCGCCCAUGCAAAUUGUUUUGUUGAAUAAAUGAUAUAUUAUUGAAAAA